CUCGCACUUCGACACCACUCAGGGCUCGCCCGUGGUUGACAGCGCGUGCUUCGCGCUGGACCCUCCUUCUCGUCUCCUCCUCUUUUUCUCUCUCUCUCUCUCUCUCUCUCUCUCUCUCUCUCUCUCUCUCUCUCUGUCUCUCUCUCGCUUUCUCUCUCUUUUCCUUCUUUCCUCUACUCCGCUCAUUCACGAGGGCUCGCUCACCAACUCUACACGAAACAGGGAUGCAGCGAGCGCAAGGCGCAGCCUGAAAAAUGGCACGAGUCUUCCCUGGGAUCUAUCCAUCCCUUUUCAUUUUCUCCCCCUUUCUUUUUCACGCGUUUGCGCCAUGUAAAGGCUUACGGAAUUACCCGGAGAAUGAAGUGACGUUGUUGGACUCCAUGUCUGCUCUGGGAGACCUGGGCUGGGAGGCAUACCCUGCAGAGGGGUGGGAAGAGAUCAGUGUGAUGGAUGAGAGGAACACUCCCAUGCGUACCUACCAAGUGUGUAACGUGAUGGAGGCCAGUCAGAAUAACUGGCUGAGGACGCGACACAUCGCCCGCGAUGGAGCCCAGCGUGUCUACAUCGAGAUCAAGUUCACCCUCCGAGACUGUAACAGCCUGCCUGGAGUACCUGGCACCUGCAAAGAGACUUUCAACAUGUUCUACUAUGAGUCUAACAACGCCAACUUGUGGUUCAUCAAGGAGAGUCAGUACAUCAAGAUAGACACCAUCGCUGCUGAUGAGAGCUUCACACAGGUGGAUGUGGGAGAUCGUGUGAUGAAGCUCAACACAGAGGUCCGUGACAUCAGUAACCUGAGUAAGAAGGGGUUUUACCUGGCCUUCCAGGACCUGGGGGCCUGCAUCGCUCUGGUCUCUGUCAGGAUCUUCUACAAGAAGUGUCCCUUCACCGUGCUCAACCUGGCCCAGUUCCCCGACACCGUCACGGGGGGCGACUCAGCCCUGGUGGAAGUGCGAGGGGUGUGUGUGAAUGCCUCCCAGGAGUUUGAGACUCCCAGGAUGUACUGUAGCGCGGACGGGAGCUGGCUGGUGCCCAUCGGGAGGUGUGUGUGCGAGCCAGGGUACGAGGAGCAUAAGGAUGGCUGCCAACCGUGCAGACCAGGCUCCUACAAGGCCUCAGCGACCGACGCCUACUGCACAAAAUGCCCGCCACAUAGCUCCUCCCACCUGGAGAGAGCCUCCGAGUGUGUGUGUGAGAAAGGCUUCCACCGCGCAGAGACGGACCCACGCUCCAUGGCUUGCACACGUCCCUGUUCUGCUCCAGAGAACCCCAUCUCCACUGUCAACGAGACGUGUGUCACACUAGAAUGGAGUCCCCCUCUUGACAUGGGAGGCCGAGGCGACAUCACCUACAGCCUCCACUGCAGGAAGUGCUCCGGCGACCGCAGGAAGUGCACGCCCUGUGGUAACGGCGUACAUUUUGUGCCGAGGCAGUUUGGUCUCUCUGUGACUAUGGUGAUGGUCACUGACCUGCAGCCACACAGCAAUUACAGCUUCACCAUUGAGAGCCUGAAUGGAGUUUCUGACCUGAGUCCUACACCCAGAGGAGCUGUGAUAGUUAAUGUCACCACCAGCCAGACAGUGAGUGUGGUCCUGAAGGAGAGGAGGAGUAAGGACAGUAUCACUCUGGCGUGGCAGGGCCCUGACAGACCCAAUGGAGCCAUAGUGGAGUAUGAAGUCAUUUAUUAUGAGAAGAACCAGAGAGAGCAGAACUACACAGUCCUAAAGACCAGGUCCAAUGUGAUGACUGUAGACGGUCUAAAGCCUGGUACUACAUAUGUGUUCCGUGUCCGAGCUAGAACCGACGGGGGAUACGGCAACUAUGGAGGAGAGAUAGAACUGGAGACCAGCCACGAAGACAUGUUGGCCAUAGGAGACCCUAACCAGUCUACUAUCCUGGCUGUGUCCAUCACUGGAGGCAUCGUACUGCUCAUCUUCCUGGUGGCCUGCUUUGUUGUCAGUGGCAGACACUGUGGGUACAUUAAAGCCAAGCAGGACCCUGACGAAGAGAAGCUGCAGUUUCAACAUGGAAGAGUCAAACUUCCUGGCAGUAAGAUAUAUAUCCAUCCACACACCUAUGAGGAUCCUAACCAGGCGGUCAGAGACUUUGCCAAAGAGAUUGAUGCUUCCAGCAUCAGCAUAGAGAGAGUCAUCGGAGCGGGUGAGUUUGGGGAGGUGUGUAGUGGUUGUCUUCGACUCCAGGGGAAGAGGGAGAUCUACGUGGCCAUAAAGAGUCUGAAGGCAGGAUACGCUGACAAACAGAGGCGGGACUUCCUCUCUGAGGCCAGCAUCAUGGGACAGUUCGACCACCCAAACAUCAUCAGACUGGAGGGUGUGGUCACACGAUGUAAGCCAGUGAUGAUCAUCACAGAAUUUAUGGAGAAUGGAUCCCUCGAUACCUUUCUCAAGAAACAAGACGGUCAGUUCACAGUGAUCCAGCUGGUGGGCAUGCUGCGGGGCAUUGCGUCGGGCAUGAAGUACCUGUCUGACAUGAGCUACGUUCACCGAGACCUGGCCGCACGCAACAUCUUGGUCAACAGCAACCUGGUGUGUAAGGUGUCUGACUUCGGCCUGUCACGAGUACUGGAGGACGACCCUGAGGCAGCAUACACCACACAGGGAGGGAAGAUCCCCAUCCGAUGGACGUCUCCAGAGGCUAUUGCCUACAGGAAGUUCACGUCAGCCAGUGAUGUGUGGAGCUAUGGCAUCGUCAUGUGGGAGGUGGUCUCAUACGGAGAGAGACCCUACUGGGAGAUGUCCAACCAGGAUGUGAUCAAAGCGAUAGAUGAGGGUUACCGUCUUCCGGCCCCUAUGGACUGUCCUGUGGUCCUCCACCAGCUGAUGUUGGAGUGUUGGGAGAAGGGCCGCAGCGAACGGCCUAAGUUUGGCCAGAUCGUCACCACCCUGGAUAAGCUGAUCAGAGACCCAGCCAGCCUCCGAGAGCUGGCCAACAGCUCAUUAUGCAGGGAAGACCCGGCCACUCCAGAGUUCAGUGUGAGUACGAUGGAGGAGUGGCUGGAUGCCAUCAAGAUGGGACAGUACAAGGGGAACUUCACCAGUGCUGGAUACGUCACCCUGGACUCUGUCCUCUACAUCAGCAUCAGUGAGCUCGUUAAGAUGGAUGUGACCUUGGCGGGUCACCAGAAGAAGAUCAUCUCCAGUGUCCAGAUCCUUCAGUCCCAGGGGACCCACGUCCAAGUAUAACAGUUUCCCUAUAGAGACACACUGGGAGGGAAAGCCAAAAUGGAUGCUCUUCUCUGAGUUUACCCAUUGAGACACACUCAGAUUGAGCCAACAUGGACAUUCUGGGUUGGUUUUCACCAUACAAAGACACUGAGAUGGAGCCGUAAUUUACGCUUAGCUCCUUUAUUUCCUCUUUGUAGUUUCAUCAUUCCACCUGUCCUGGAUGUUUUGAUAGCGUAGGCACUUCCAGCUUCCGUCCACGCCUUCAGAGGCCUAGCAACCCAGCAACCUAAGAUACCAGGCUUCAACCAAGACGUCUUUGUCCAUAUCAACAACAACAAUAACAAAGCUAAAAAAUAACAAAAAAGAAAAUGUGAUUAUAAUUCUCAACAUUGUCUGUGAAGUUUUGUGUACAGUUGUUUUUAUGGUUGUUUCUUUUUUCAUUUUUUGAUUAGCUUUGUUAAUUUUCCACAUAAUUCACAUGAUCAAUAUUGUAUGUGUAUAGAUAAGCGUUUACAAGAGGUGUGUGUCAGUCCGCCAGUCUAGAAAGUAAAGUUGUUAUCGCCAGGCAACGCAGGUGUGCUUUUCCUUCCUGGUGCAUUUGUUGUCAGGCCCCUCCUCUUUCUCUAAGCCCCUCCCCACAACGCUAUAGGACCAAUCAUGAUGUGUGGGGGAGAUAGGAGGGAGAAAUAGAAAUAUGUGAAAAUAUGAGAUGGAGAUGUCUAUUCAUGGUCUCAGAAGACUUCUGUUGCAUUUGGCCAGGGAUAGAUACAUGUAGGUCUUCCAUAGCCACGACUUCCAGACUCACACAGUUCACUUGAAUGAGAUGCCCUGCCAGAUUUCAUUUAGGACAGCCUACAGCAGCUACCUAUAGGUUGCAGUUAGUCACAAACCUGCAGUUCAAAACAGUGUUAGGAGAUUUUCUGCUAGAGUUUGCCUUUCUGACAGAAGAAGAGCAAAGUAGAUCAUCUGUGAAGUUGACACUGUUUGCAAUGUAUAUCUGUUUCUCAGAUGUUUCUCCAUGUAUAUUUAGUAUUACUCUGAUAUGUUGGGCCAUGUCAGACAAGCAGGAUUGGUUGUGAGGUAGACUUGACUUGAGUGAGGUGAGUGGUGGUUUUUGCCUCAUUUAACCCCUGAUUAAUGUGGGUUCAGUCACAGUUUGUGCUAACCACCUCUGUUCAGUGAUUAAUAUGGGUUCAGUCACUGUUUGUGCUAACCACCUCUGUUCAGUGAUUAAUAUGGGUUUAGUCACAGUUUGUGCUAACCACCUCUGUUCAGUGACUAAUAUGGGUUUAGUCACAGUUUGUGCUAACCACCUCUGUUCAGUGACUAAUAUGGGUUCAGUCACUGUUUGUGCUAGCCACCUCUGUUCAGUGACUAAUAUGGGUUUAGUCACAGUUUGUGCUAACCACCUCUGUUCAGUGACUAAUAUGGGUUUAGUCACAGUUUGUGCUAACCACCUCUGUUCAGUGACUAAUAUGGGUUCAGUCACUGUUUGUGCUAACCACCUCUGUUCAGUGAUUCAUAUGGGUUCAGUCACUGUUUGUGUUAACCACCUCUGUUCAGUGAUUCAUAUGGGUUCAGUCACAAUUUGUGCUAACCACCUCUGUUCAGUGAUUAAUAUGGGUUCAGUGACAGUUUGUGCUAACCACCUCUGUUCAGUGACUAAUAUGGGUUCAGUCACAGUUUGUGCUAACCACCUCUGUUCAGUGAUUAAUAUGGGUUUAGUCACAGUUUGUGCUAACCACCUCUGUUCAGUGAUUAAUAUGGGUUCAGUCACAGUUUGUGCUAACCACCUCUGUUCAGUGAUUAAUAUGGGUUCAGUCACAGUUUGUGCUAACCACCUCUGUUCAGUGAUUAAUAUGGGUUCAGUCACAGUUAUCCUUGAAAACCUGGUUAGCGGUUUAGUUUGAAAAUUGUCAUCAUUGUGCACUGUACCGCUGUAUGUAUCUGUUCAUGAUAACAGUGUUAUUCUACUUCCUGACAGGACUACAAACACAACAACAUACAGUAAAUACCAAUGUACCAUAAUGUAAAAUAUGUACAGUGUUGAUUUGAAACUCUAAAAUGUUUGUCACAAUAAUGGUGAUGAUGAUGAUGAUUCCGUUGAUAAUGAUGGUGAUUAUAUACUUUUAUUCUGAAGGAGGAUCAUAGGAGAUGAGGCAGCGUGUGAUUCGUUGACCUUAUCUAUGGAAUGUACAUUGCGUAGCAUGAGUAUUAAGGUUCGGCCUCUGAUUGACCGGUAACAGGGGGUGCAGUUUUCCCUCGGGCGGACGACCCGAGGAUGAUAAAAGUUAGAUGCCUUAUUUACUGUGCUACCUUUCUUUUCUGUCCCCCCCCCCCCU